AUGCUGCGGCUGGUCCAGAGUUUCAAUCCUCGCUUUUUCCGCCUGCACUUCCUCCUCGCUGACUCCGACGCCACCAGCCUGCGGCAACUCGCUUGUGCCUCCUGGCCGCCUUUUCAGGACGCACAGCGGCCAGACGAGAAGUUCGAACGCGACGACACCGCGGCGGAAGAUGCAGUGCACGGAGAUCCCGCGGAGCACGACUUGAGGAGGCUGAUGAGACGGCGUGGUUUCCGCUUUUCGCGAAUUCCGAGAAGCCGGGAAGUCGGCCAGGCUUGGGUCUCGUCCUUCUUCUCUUCUGUGCAGGCUCUUCUUUUCUGUCUCCGUCUCGUGUGGAGACUAAACCCAGACCUGGUGCUCGUGAACGGACCUGGGACGUGCGUUCCCGUCGCGGUGGCUGCUUUGCUGCGCGAGCUCUUCGUAGGCAGGCGCUUCAGCCUCGUCUACGUCGAGAGUGUGUGCCGCGUCGAGUCGCUGUCUCUCUCCGGCUGUCUCCUCUAUCCCUUCGCCGACCGUUUCCUGGUUCAGUGGCCUCGCCUAGCUGAGAAAUUCGCCAAGUGUGAAUACGUGGGGAGUAUGUUUUAA